AUGGCACCAGCCUCCGACGACAGCAGCGACAGUGAUGAGAGUGAGGAUCGUCGCUUCUUGCCUCAAUCGCACAAAGGAUGGCAAGGUGAAAACCUAGAACUGGAUCACCAGCGAGAAUCCAUUCGGCAACACAAAACCAAGGCCACUUCGGCAGCCGUGGAUAUUUCACAGUUUCAGAAUCAUGAAGUAGGCAAGGGCUACCAAGCAAAGCAUGUGAUACGGCAACAAGUGGCGUCCCAGGACACUGUCAAAAUUAAAGAUAUGACCGGUGACAAGAAGAAACGGAAAAAGGAAAAGCGACAACGAGAAGAGACAGAAAAAGUGGAUACAACAGAUACCCCAAAGGCCAAGGUUCAGAAAUACUUGUCAUCACCGGGGUUGAUCCUAUUUCGUGGGGAAAUAGAAGAUAUACUAAAGUCUUAA